AGCCAAAAUACACAGUACCGCAUAGCUGCACUAAACUCCCUGGGAAAGCUCUUGAUCCACGAACUACGGAUUGAAGAGCGGGGUUUUUAUUUUUACUAUUUUUAUAUACCGUUCUGACACACGGACUUAAGGCCUCUGUUUCCAGUGCUAGACAUGACGGAUAUAAAAAGGCUCCGGGACUGCAACUGGCGAGUGCUGUUCUGGUUUAUAUUUUUUACCGUUUGGAAGGCAAUUUCUGGGCACAUUCGCUAUUCCAUUCCGGAGGAAAUGCAGAAAGGCUCUUUCGUGGGAAAUAUAGUUCAGGAUCUGGGGCACGAUACAAAGGAGCUUUCAGACCGUGGAGUCCGCAUUGUUUCCAGAGGUAGGAGUCAGUAUUUUGCUUUGAAUGUUAAAAGCGGUUAUUUAUACCCCACGGAAAGGAUUGACAGAGAGCAAAUCUGUGGCCGGAUGGAGAAAUGUCUGUUAAAUUUUGAGGUUCUCGUUAAGGAUAAAGCAAAACUUUUCCCAGUUGAAGUUGAAAUCACAGAUAUUAAUGACAAUGCGCCCCGCUUCCAGGAAGAUGAAUUGGAAUUUAGAAUCAGUGAGUUAGCCGCUGUGGGAACCCGAUAUUCUCUUGAGGGCGCGCAGGAUCCAGAUGUGGGAACCAAUUCUGUGCAGGGCUAUUACCUCAGCAGUAACAAACACUUCUCUCUGGAUGUGCAGACUGGAGCUGACGGAGACAAACACGCCGAACUGGUGCUGGAAAAGUCUCUAGACCGGGAAGAACAAGCUGUUCACGAUCUAAUCCUCACAGCCACUGACGGGGGAGAUCCGGUCAGGUCCGGCACUGCGCAGAUCCGCGUUAUUGUCCUUGACGCAAAUGACAAUGCACCAGUUUUCAGUCAGCCUGUCUAUAAAGUGAGUGUUUUGGAAAAUGUGCCCGUCGGGUCUCUGCUGCUGACAGUAAAUGCCACAGAUCCCGACGAAGCGAUAAAUUCGGAGGUCACAUAUUCACUCCGGAAGAUGAAAGACAAAGCGUCUCAGAUAUUCCAAGUGGAUUCUACAACGGGAGAAAUAUCAACUGUGGGAAACCUGGACUAUGAGGAAGCCGUAUCAUAUGAAAUGGAGGUUCAAGCAAAGGACGUUGGAGACCUCUCGGCCAGGUCUAUAGUUCUGAUAGCUGUUAUUGAUGCCAAUGAUAAUGAGCCUCAAAUUACAGUCACCUCACUCACCAACUCUCUGAGCGAAGACAGCCCGCCGGGAACUGUGAUCGCCUUUAUAAAUUUACAUGAUCUGGAUUCUGAAAAGAAUGGUGAUGUCAUAUGUUUUAUUCCACCCAACCUGCCAUUUCAGUUACAGAAAUCAUUUGACAAUUAUUACAGCUUGGUGAGUGACAGAGCAUUGGACAGGGAGCGGGUCUCCGAUUACAAUUUAACUAUCACAGCCACAGACCGAGGGACUCCUCCUUUAUCCUCAACAACAACUAUUUUCGUGCAGCUUUCAGACAUAAACGACAACGCUCCUAUCUUCACCCAGACAUCCUACACUUUGUACGUCACAGAGAACAACCCCAGAGGAGCUUCCCUUUGUUCCCUGAAAGCGAAUGACCCCGACUGGGGGGAGAACGCCCGAGUCACUUACUCCAUUACUGGAACUGAGAUCCAGGAAGCUCCGCUCUCCUCCUCUAUCUCCAUUAACUCUGAGACUGGGGCUAUCUACGCUCUGCGCUCCUUCGAUUACGAACAGUUCCGGGAGAUUCGGUUCCAAGUGCAGGCUCAGGAUGGGGGUUCCCCACCUCUCAGCAGUAAUGUCUCCGUCACUCUCUUUCUACUGGAUCAGAAUGACAACAGCCCGCACAUCUUACACCCCUCCUUUCCCACCGAUGGCUCCACGGGAGCGGAGUUGGCCCCUCGCUCCUCCGAGCCGGGUUACCUGGUCACUAAGGUGGUGGCGGUGGAUGCAGACUCCGGGCAGAACGCCUGGCUCUCCUACCAGCUGCUGAAGGCUACAGAGCCGGGGCUCUUCUCAGUGGGACUCCACAGCGGCGAGAUCAGGACGACGCGCUACUUUCUCGACAAAGAUGCGCUCAAGCAAAGUCUGGUGGUUUUAGUGAAGGACAACGGGCAGCCCCCUCUCUCUGCCACGGCCACUGUCACGGUGGUGGUGGCUAACAGCAUCCCCGAAAUCCUCUCCGAUUUAAGCAGCCUCUCAGCUCCUGUAGACCCCCAGUCCAGCCUCACCUUGUAUUUGGUGAUCGCUGUGGCUUCCGUUUCCUGCUUGUUCUUUACCUUUCUCAUAGUGUUAGUGGCCCUGAGGCUCCGCCGGUGGAGAAACUCGCAGCUGUUUGACUCCUCGAGUGUGACUUUCAGUGGAGUUCCCGUCUCGCAGUUUGUGGGGCUCGAUGGAGUCAGAGCUUUUCUUCACUCCUACUCACAUGAGGUUUCUCUUACCACGGACUCCAGAAAGAGCCAGUUCAACGUUACCAAAUCAAACUAUGCAAAUAUUCUGACUAGUCAGCAGACCUGUGAGAUAAAGGAUCCUGUGUUAAUAUCGGCAGAUAUAAAGAAUGGUGAUUGCGAGCAGAAAUUUGUUCAAGUGAGUUAG